CAUGGAAUCGAUGCUACGGAAACUGUUGCUUCUGUUAACGAUAUCAAUCUACUGGGCGACAGCAGCAGCAGCAGCAGCAGCAGAAGGGUAUGUGAAAUACAGGGAUCCAACGCAGCCACUGGGCGCUCGAAUCAAGGACUUGCUCCGCCGCAUGACUCUCGCUGAAAAGAUCGGCCAGAUGUCCCAGAUCGACAGGCAAGUCGCAACCCCCGAAGUCAUCCAGAAUAACUUCAUCGGAAGCGUCCUGACCGGAGGCAACAGCGUGCCACAGCCCCACGCUUCUGCCUGGGAAUGGGCAGCGAUGGUGAACGACAUGCAGAAGGCUGCUCUCUCCACCCGUUUAGGCAUCCCGAUCAUCUACGGCAUCGACGCUGUUCAUGGGCACAACAAUGUCUACGGAUCCACCCUUUUCCCCCACAAUGUUGGGCUCGGUGCCACUCGGGAUCCUGAACUGGUGAAGAGAAUCGGCGCUGCUACUGCUCUGGAAGUUAGAGCCACAGGGAUUCCCUAUGUCUUCGGGCCAUGCAUUGCGGUCUGCAGAGAUCCAAGAUGGGGCCGCUGCUACGAGAGCUACAGCGAAGAUCCAAAGCUUGUUCAGCAAAUGACUGAGAUCGUCUCUGGCUUGCAAGGAGAUAUCCCUCCGAAUUCUCGCAAAGGAGUCCCCUUUGUUGCUGGAAAGAGGAAUGUUGCAGCCUGUGCAAAGCACUACGUCGGUGACGGUGGCACACACGACGGGAUCAAUGAAAACGACACCAUCAUCAGGCGUCACGGACUGCUCAGCAUCCACAUGCCUCCUUACGACAGCGCCAUCAUCAAGGGCGUCUCCACUGUCAUGGUCUCCUACUCGAGCUGGAACGGGGUGAAGAUGCAUGCAAAUCGCUAUCUGAUCACUGAAUUCCUCAAGCACACACUUCGUUUCAGGGGAUUUGUGAUCUCAGAUUUUCAAGGUAUUGAUAAAAUAACCACGCCACCAGGUGCUAAUUACACAUAUUCUGUAGAAGCUGGGAUCCAAGCAGGCAUUGAUAUGGUGAUGAUCGCACUUGAUUACCAAGAUUUCAUUAGUAACCUGACCUACUUGGUGGAGAAGAAUGUGAUCCCAGUGAGCAGAAUUGAUGAUGCUGUGAAAAGAAUUCUGAGAGUCAAGUUCACUGUAGGACUCUUUGAGAACCCUUUUUCAGAUCCUAGUCUUGCUGAUCAGCUUGGAAGCAAGGAACACCGCGAAUUGGCUAGGGAAGCUGUAAGGAAAUCACUUGUGCUGUUGAAGAAUGGCAAGGCUGCCAAUGAGCCAUUGCUCCCACUUCCUAAGAAGGCUAGCAAGAUCCUUGUCGCCGGAAGCCAUGCCGAUAACUUGGGUUACCAGUGUGGAGGGUGGACUCUUACUGGGCAAGGCCUAAGCGGCAACAAUAUUACAAUUGGUACCCCUAUUCUCAAUGCGAUCCAGUCAACCGUCGAUCCUAGUACUCAGAUCAUCUAUUCCGAGACCCCCGAUCCUGAAUUUGUGAAGAAUGGCACGUUUGAGUACGCGAUCGUUGCGAUAGGAGAGUAUCCAUAUGCAGAAACAUAUGGGGACAAUCUGAAUCUGACUAUUCCAGCUCCCGGAGUCAGUGUGAUUCAGAAUGUGUGCAGCAGUGUCAAAUGUGUUGUGCUCCUGAUCUCAGGAAGGCCAUUGGUGAUCGAACCAUAUGUGGAACAAAUUGAUGCACUUGUCGCGGCCUGGCUGCCCGGUACAGAAGGCCAAGGUGUGGCAGAUGUGCUCUUCGGUGACUAUGGUUUCUCCGGCAAGCUUCCAAGGACAUGGUUCAGGUCUGUGGACCAGCUGCCUAUGAAUGUUGGUGACCAACAUUAUGAUCCCCUCUUCCCCUAUGGGUUCGGCCUUACAACCGAGCCAGCUAACGCGAAGAAGUAGUGAGACUUGCAUCCUAGAAUAGCUUAGUUCUUUAGUCUUCUCUUAUAGAUUCAAUAAAAGCUAUAAGUUCAUUGGAAUAUUGAUUCAAUGCUCUAGUUGGUUUCGAUGUUGUGGAAUUCUAACUAUU